GGGAAAAAUGGAGGGGCGCGUCUGUGCUACGCAACUCGCAGAGUCAGAUGAUAACACUUUGAGUAGUACCCCUUUCGCGGCCUCUUUAAACGAUGGUGACAAAUUAAUAAACACUAAAAUAAAAAGUGCCCAGACUAAAGGUAACCCGAGUGACCAGGACUUAAUGAAGGGUCUUCUUUCUGAUGACUACUGCCAUGUGUGUGACACUGUGCUCUUAUUUGAGCCUCACAGACAUUAUGAGGGAGAGAAGCACAACCAGAAAGUGAAGAUGUACCUGGAGAGCCAGAGGGCAGUGGGGACCAUGAGCAAAGACUCAGGAGAACUCAAGAAAGAUGUGCCGACACACAUAGACCUCUUCUGUAAGUUAUGCAACAUGAUGUUCUGUUCCCCGGUGGUGGCAAUGUCCCAUUUCAAAGGCAAGGUCCAUGCGCAAAACCUGCGUAGGCAACCCUUCGAACAAUCCAAAGGCAAGUUUUAUAAUGUCAAGACCAAAACUUUUAAACUCCUUCCUAAACUAAGUGUUGCCAUGUUUGUACUAAGUAUAUCUUAGCAUAGCUAGUAUCACAAAUCUGACCUUAGAUUGAUGUCGAAAGACUGAUGGCAGACAAGCUCCCAUCUAAGUGAUUUCUUUCACUUCAUAUAUGUUUUCAAUCUUUCGUGUUGCUAGAGAAGGGGAUCUGUAUGCGUGUAAUUGGCCAGUGUCUGUAACUAAGUCUCUGUAAGGGUUUCACAAAGGAAGUGCUGUUGACACUCAGUCUUGUUUCAACCUCUUAGAGUUUAAUCAGCCGGGCCUACCAACUCAUUCUGGCCAGACGCAGGCUUCAUACAACGUGAAGCCUGCAGUCUGCACCGCAGCAAACCCCGGGCAGGAUCUGAAGGACCCCAAUUACUGCGCACUAUGCUCUGCCCCUUUCAACAACCCCAAGAUGGCACUGCAGCACUACAACGGCCGCAAGCACCAAAGGAACAAGGCCAGGGCGAAGGUGAUGCAAGGCCUCGGAGAGGAUGCCCAGCAAGGAAACCCGAGUGACCAGGACUUAAUGAAGGGUCUUCUUUCUGAUGACUACUGCCAUGUGUGUGACACUGUGCUCUUAUUUGAGCCUCACAGACAUUAUGAGGGAGAGAAGCACAACCAGAAAGUGAAGAUGUACCUGGAGAGCCAGAGGGCAGUGGGGACCAUGAGCAAAGACUCAGGAGAACUCAAGAAAGAUGUGCCGACACACAUAGACCUCUUCUGUAAGUUAUGCAACAUGAUGUUCUGUUCCCCGGUGGUGGCAAUGUCCCAUUUCAAAGGCAAGGUCCAUGCGCAAAACCUGCGUAGGCAACCCUUCGAACAAUCCAAAGAGUUGAAUCAGCCGGGCCUACCAACUCAUUCUGGCCAGACGCAGGCUUCAUACAACGUGAAGCCUGCAGUCUGCACCGCAGCAAACCCCGGGCAGGAUCUGAAAGACCCCAAUUACUGCGCACUAUGCUCUGCCCCUUUCAACAACCCCAAGAUGGCACUGCAGCACUACAAUGGCCGCAAGCACCAAAGGAACAAGGCCAGGGCGAAGGUGAUGCAAGGCCUCGGAGAGGAUGCCCAGCAAGCAAAAGGUCUUAUCUGUCAGGUGUGCAAUGCACGGUUCACCUCCGUGGAAAUGUAUCAGGCCCACAUGAAGGGGAACAAGCACCAGGUCAAGGAGAAGAAGGUGAUUGACCUGUGCAAGUCUCAACCAAAGGACUACAGCUCCUUUGCGGAUGAACUGGCCGACUACAUUCAGGUCCAGAAGGCUCGUGGGAUCAACACCCCGGCAGCCAGUCACCUGACACCCCAGGGAGGCAAACAGAAGGACGGCGACAGCGCCGAAAGGGAUCCAAGGGACAGUGUACAUCACAGAAUAUAUGAACUGAACUGUCCCCCAGUCAUUGAGCCCCCAUCGUCCAAGCCCCUCUUGGGUCCGGGCUACCCGGCUGCUGGCUGGGGUCCUCCUCCAUAUCAGCCCGGUCCCUCCUUCCCUCACCCAGCGCUCUUCCCAAGCACAGGCGCCCGUUACCCCCCGAACCCUAACCGACCGGGGGCACGGAAGAGGCACAGCGAGCAGUCGAGCUCCUCGUCCUACUCCUCAUCGUCGUCCUCCUCCUCGUCUUCCUCCAGCAGUGACAGUGAGGAGGAGAAGAGGAAGGGGAGGAGACACAGGAGCGGGAGGAAGAAGCGGUUACGAGAACGGGACUCUGAGGAGGAGGUUUGGAGGGCGCAGCGACGGAAGAGGGUGAGGCGCAACCGCUCCCAGGAGAGAAGAGGAGGAGGAGGAGAGGAAGGCGGGAUCUCUCACACAGAGAGCAGCAGAAGGGGACAUCGAGAUCCCGUUCGGAGGCGAAGGCCGGAGAGGAGUCACGAGGAGUCUGUGGAGGCUGAAGGAGCAGAAGAGAAAGCGGUGGCUGUGAAAGACGUGAAGGCCAGGAAUCCUUCAGAAAUGCAGAAGGAACUGGUGGCGACGCACCCAGAGGCUCAGAUUACCCCUGAGCAAGCAGAGACACAAAUGGCCAUGCCCCUUAAACCCAGACCCAGGAAGGAGAAUAAGAAACAACGAGAGAUGGAGGACAAGCGGACGGAGGAAGAGAAGCUGUGGGAUGAGUCUAUGGGCCUGUUUUAGACGCCCAACUCUAACUUUUUAUCAAGCCCUUCCAACAUUAACAAUCCGACAAAUUUCAUGAAAAAGUUAUUAAUUGACUACUGUGUAAGAAGAUCCAGAAAGCCUUGUGUUGUCCAAGCAUCCUAGUUGGCUGGCUAGUUAUUUCUAUAAUUUGUUAGUGUUUUUUUAAUACACCUCUUUUCUUGUCACAAUCAAGCUAUUUUUCUUUAUCAUAUUAGUUUAAGUAUAGUUGAUUGCACUGUACUACUCAUCCGUUUACAUUUUCUAAUAUAUUAUUGGUUGUAUGUAAUUAAUAUCAUGUCAAAUAUAAGUAUUUGCAAUUAUUCAGGGUCUUUGUGAAAUCUAAAUUGUAGUUCCUUUAGCAGCCUGUAGUUGGCACUGUUCACCCAUGAUUUAUGCAGAGCAGCAUAACUAACGCUGUCGGAAUAUACUACUUGAAUAAGCAUGAAGAUUGUUAACAAAGACGAAGAUAAAAACGAAAGUUCUGACGAUGGUAGGCUUCACUUACAUUUAGCUCAUGUACGUGUGCACAGUUUGCAGUUCGUUUGGGGUCAGACAGCUGCAAAGGUGACAACUAGGACACAGUACUUAACAUGAACAGAUGCUUCAGGGUUUCUUUUCAGUGCAAUUUAAUUGUACACGUUGAUGUUUUGUGCCAAUUACUUAAUGAAUCCCAAACGGUGAAGAAACGGGUAGGUCUCGGUCUUUGUACUAUCAGUCAAAAUGAUUGAUGGGGACAAAUCACUCAUUCCUUUCUGGCACUGCCUCCUAUGUUUGAUUAGCCUUAGCUUGUCUAAGCAUCACACCAAUUGCAUUGGCAUGCCGCUAGGUAAGAUCUUUGCAAGGUUUUCAGUCCUCAACCCGCAUUGCAGGAAUCAAGCUGUUUGGAAUUAAGUCCCUUAUCAAUGGGUUCCAAUAAAGAGCCCAAGCACUUAAA